CCGCCGCCCCCUUCCCGGCGGCCCCUCCCCGCGCAGGUCCUGACUCCAGCCGCACCUCCUCCGGCUCUGCAGUGGCGGCAAGAAGGGGAGCCGGAGCGCCUGCGGGGUCGGGCCUGAGCGGAGCCGGGGUCGGGGCAGCCGCGAAGACCCCUUGGAGGCGGGGCCUGUGGGACCGUGAUGGGCGUGGAGAUCGAGACCAUCUCCCCGGGAGACGGAAGGACAUUCCCCAAGAAGGGUCAGAUAUGCGUGGUGCACUACACAGGGAUGCUCCAAAAUGGCAAGAAAUUUGAUUCAUCCAGGGAUAGAAACAAACCUUUCAAGUUCAGAAUUGGCAAACAGGAAGUCAUCAAAGGUUUUGAAGAAGGUGCUGCCCAGAUGAGCUUGGGGCAGAGGGCGAAGCUGACCUGCACCCCCGAUGUGGCCUAUGGAGCUACUGGCCACCCUGGUGUCAUCCCUCCUAAUGCCACCCUCAUCUUUGACGUGGAGCUGCUCAACUUAGAAUGAAGGCAGGAAGGAGCUCGAGGUGGCUGGAGAUGUUUCCUGCUCUCUGUCCUAGCCUGCUCUGCCACUGGGACGGCUUCUCCUAU